UGCGGGCGGAGGAGGCGGAGGCGGAGGCGGGGGGGACGCGGCGGCUGCCGGGGGGAAGCGGCCCCGCACCGGGAGGGCGGCCCCGGCCCCGGCGCCCUGCUCCCCGGAGCCCCGGCGGAGCCCGCGCCCGGCUCCCCGCGGCCGUGCCCGGCGCGGACCAUGCUGCUGGACGCCGGCCCGCAGUUCCCGGCCCUCGGCGUGGGCUCGUUCGCCCGGCACCACCACCACCACCACUCGGCCGCCGAGAUGCAGGAGCGGGAGCUGAGCCUGGCGGCGCAGAACGGCUUCGUGGACUCGGCGGCGGCGCACAUGGGAGCCUUCAAGCUCAACGCCGGCGCCCACGACCUGUCCCCCGGGCAGAGCUCGGCGUUCACGUCGCAGGCUCCCGCUUACCCCGCCGCAGCCCUGGGGCCCCACGCCGCCCACGUCGGGUCGUACUCCGGGGCUCCCUUCAACUCCCCCCGGGACUUCUUGUUUCGCAGCCGGGGCUUCGGGGAGUCGGCGGCGGCCGGCGGGCAGCACGGCAUCUUCGGGCCGGCGGCCGGCAGCCUGCACCACCCGCACACGGACGCUCAGAGCCACCUCCUGUUCCCCGGCAUCCACGAGCAGCACGGCCCCCACGCCUCGCAGAACGUCCUCAACGGGCAGAUGCGGCUCGGCUUGCCCGGGGAGGUGUUCGCCCGCUCGGAUCAGUACCGGCAGGUCUCCAGCCCCAGGACUGACCCCUACUCGGCGGCUCAGCUGCACAACCAGUACGGCCCCAUGAAUAUGAACAUGGGCAUGAACAUGGCAGCCCACCACCACCACCACCCCGGUGCCUUUUUCCGCUACAUGCGGCAGCAGUGCAUCAAGCAAGAGCUGAUCUGCAAGUGGAUCGACCCCGAGCAGCUGAACAACCCCAAAAAAAGUUGCAAUAAAACUUUCAGCACCAUGCACGAGUUGGUCACCCACGUCUCGGUGGAGCACGUUGGGGGCCCCGAGCAGAGCAACCACGUCUGCUACUGGGAGGAGUGUCCCCGCGAAGGCAAGCCCUUCAAAGCGAAAUACAAACUGGUCAAUCACAUCCGAGUGCACACGGGAGAGAAGCCCUUCCCCUGCCCCUUCCCCGGCUGCGGGAAAGUUUUCGCCAGGUCGGAAAACCUCAAAAUUCACAAAAGGACGCACACAGGGGAGAAGCCCUUCCAGUGCGAGUUCGAGGGCUGCGACCGGCGCUUCGCCAACAGCAGCGACAGGAAGAAGCACAUGCACGUCCACACGUCGGACAAGCCCUACCUGUGCAAGAUGUGCGACAAGUCCUACACCCACCCCAGCUCCCUGCGCAAGCACAUGAAGGUGCACGAGUCGUCCCCGCAAGGCUCCGAGUCCUCGCCGGCCGCCAGCUCCGGCUACGAGUCCUCCACGCCCCCGGGGCUGGUGUCCCCCAGCGCCGAGCCGCAGAGCUCCACCAACCUCUCCCCGGCGGCGGCGGCGGCGGCGGCGGCGGCGGCGGCGGCUGCGGCCGUGUCCGCCGUGCACCGGGGCGGCGGCGGCGGAGGAGGAGGCAGCGGCGGCGGAGGCAGCGGCGGCGGAGGCCACAGCGGCCUCUCGUCCAACUUCAACGAGUGGUACGUCUGAGGUGCCCCCCUCCCCAAACCUUCCCCCCCACCCCCCGACCCCGCCGGACUGCUCCCAGCACGGCCCCGCCGCGGCCCCCUCUUUCUCCAGCCCCGGGGGCGAGGAGGAGGAGGAGGAGGAGGAGGAGGAGGAGAAGGAGGGAAUUUUCUUCGUGGGGGUUUUCUCUUUGAGAACGCUUUAAACCAGCAAAAAGAAAAAGGAAAAAAAAGGAAAAAAAAAAAAAAAGGAAAAAAAAAAAAGGAAAAAAAAUUAAAAAGGAAAAAAAAAAAUCCGUAAAAGUACGUGCCGAAAAUAAGCAAAGACGGAGAGGAAUGGAAAGGAGAAAAAGAGAGAGGAAAAAAAAAAACAAAAACAAAAAACAAAAAACCAACACCACCACAAACACAAAACGCACCCACCCAGCAAAAAGCUUCUCGAGGCGGCGGAAAAGAAACUCUCCCUGCAGAGCAAGGACAAAAGACGAGAGACUGCAGCCCCUCCGGCCCCGCGCCUCCCCGCCCGGAGCAGCCCCGGACUGUGCGGAGCGGCCGGCCCCGGCCAGCGGGGAGCGGAGAUUUCCCGGAUUCUCGGUGUAUAGAAGCCCGUCCCGUUUGUAACCCGCGGAUUGGUCCCCUUCUUAUUUUUUAUUUUGGAUUUUUUCCUUUUUUUUCUCUCUCUCUCUUUUUUUUUUUUUCCUCCCUCCCUCUCCCCUCCGCGCCCGAAAAAGUGACGGACUUUUUAUUUUUCUUUUCUUCCUCCCCGCCUUCCCCUCUCCUCAUUUUUUUUUUUAAUUCACCCGUUUAAAAAAAAAAAAAAGUAACGUGGAAGAGAGAAAAAAAAAAUGGUUUCUUUUGUAAUUGUGAUAUCUUGAAUAUUGUGUUCCUUUUUGAGAGGCAACUUGAUUGUAAACUGCGUUUCGACUAUAGACUGGGGAAGAAAUACCGUGCCAAAGUCUCCAUUCUGUUACCCACACACACACACACACACACACACACACGACCAACAACGCUUGUGAAUGUAUUUUUCUGUUAGCUGGGUUUACAUGUGAUGUUUUAGUGCUUUUGCAAGUUCGAUUUGUUAGUUCCUGUUCGGAAGAUUGUGAGGAGAAAUAAACGUCGUGCCGUUAGCUUUUCCGUAAUAACACCCUUCCUCCUGUAAAUACCUGUUACCAUAUUUAUCCAUUUGUAAUUAAAUUAUGGUAUUAACUUGCUACAGAGGAAACAGUAUUUAUAAAGAAUGUUUCUUAACUAUAAAUAUGUACAAUUGUGAGCAUAAACUGUUUCAGAUUUUUUUAUUUGAAGGUUUAAGUGGUUUCAUCAUUUCUUGUGAUAUGUUUUGAGAGUAAUGCAUACAGAAAUAUAAUAAAAACGUGUUGAAACUGCA